CGACUACUGCAUAUGAAGAUCUUGUCAAGAUUAUCACACAUUUUAACUAUUGUAAAGAAGACGUUGUCAAAAACAUUCGACGCAUUCGUAAAUGGAGAAGCAGAUUACCUUUACUUAAAGUAUGUCAGCAUAAUAUUCCUAUCUAUAAACAACAAACACCAUCCACAGUUGUAUCUACCAAAAAAGCAUUUACUAUAUCUCCAUUGGUACAUUUGAAGCGUAUACUCAAUAAUCCAACGCUUGUAUCAAAAAUGUAUUUUGGACCAGGUGUAAUCGAAGAGGAAAAGUAUGAGUUUUGGCAUGGUGAUCUUUGGCAAGAUUCUCCUUUAUUUGGAAAAUACGAAAUAAAACUUAAUAAUCAAGACUCUCGUUUUGGUAUUGGUACUAAUGCACUUACCAACAUAGUGAAAGAUCCAUCUCUUUGCUCAAUAUUCUUGAAUUGGUAUGCUACUGAAAAUACAUCUAUACCAAUAAUUUUACAAGAAAAAGAAAAUGCGAAUAAUG